GCCUCACGUACAUUUUCUCCGUCCAACAGCGCGAUUCUUUCACUUCUUUGCGAAGUUUCUUUUCCCCUAGAUUUUGUGCUCUCUUCUUCCUCCUCAUUUUUGCUGCGAAUAGUUUCUAGGAUUUCGCACAGCUUACUAAAAGGAAUGGAUUGGGGUAACGUUACAGCAGAGGAUCUGAUCGAUGCCCUUCGUGAGGUUGACUGGUCGUCGCCUCCUCGCCCCCUCUCUGAGUUCUUUUCCAGAUUCACCGUUCCCAAAUCUUCUGCCAAAUGGAACAGUCGCCUUAAGUGUAAUCUCUACUACUACCGGACUAACUACUUCCUUAUGAUCGUUCUAAUUCUGGGACUGGGCUUUCUUAGGCGACCGCUUGCUAUAGCAGCAGCUCUUUUAACUGCUGUUAGCAUAGCAUUUCUGAAUGAUAGCUUUGCUGGUACUUUUAGUGAGAAGGUAACAAGAACUGUGAGGCAAUUCUCUCCUCAUCUAGCAGCUAAAAUGAGACCUCCUUUUACACCUGUUAUUCGUGGACGUCCAUCAGCUAAAAGAGCAAUUUAUAUAUGUGGUCGGCCCCGUUGGAUGUUUGUCCUGAUGUUCUCUUCUGUUUCUUUCAUCCUUUGGUACGUCUCCUGUGGUCUCUUGACCGUCCUAUGGGCGGUUGCCAUUGGUCUUCUUGCCACUAUCCUACAUGCAAGUUUUAGAACACCUAAUCUGAAAGCUCGUCUGAACACAUUCCGUGAGGAAUUUCGUGCUGUUUGGCGGAAUUACAGCGAGCUGUAGCUUUGAUGGAUCUUAAUUUUCUGCAUUUUGUUCUCUUGUGCAGGGGCUGUUCUUGAUGGGUGUGAUAUUCGUCUAGGCGCCUUGUUCUCAAAUUGGGCUUAGCUGCUGCUUCUGUUGCCAUAAAAUAACUUCCAGUGACUGGAUAAUCUUCAUAGAAAUCCAACAUCAAGUUAAUUGUCAGGACCUCUUCUUUCUGUAAGGCAUACUGUUUCCAAUUAUAGUCCAUAUUUGAAGAAACCUGGUAUUUUAGUGGGAGAACCAUUCAUAUAAUUCUCGGGCGAGCUAUUAAUAGGCCUUCUUCGUGUCAGGAAUUCCAUAUUUGCUGUAGAAGUAGCACCAAGUAGUUCCUCUUGAGUUAAGUGAUAGAAAAAGAGUUAUUUUGAAAUUUUAUAGACUAUCCAAUAUUCAUUCAUGCGAAGCAUUAUAGCAAGUUAAUCUGCUUGUAUCAUAUGUCAUUAUGAGAAUAGGUUUCUUCUUAUUCUUUUCUUAAUUAGUGCAUCAAUAGUUGCAUGUAUGAAACCUACACAGAACAAGCCAUGAGAAAAGGUGCAUGGCAAUUUGUGGUCCCUGUUUUUGUGGAUUAUUUUGAGCUUCUUUGCUGGACUCAUCUUUUUAAAUUUUAUGACUUUCGUGUA